AUGAACAUCAACCUUGAGGAGGCGCUUGACGAGUUUGACCUGCGCUACCUCGAAAGCUACCACCAGGUCACGGCAAAGAUGGCUCUGCUGGGCCUUGGGCCUGCUCCCGAACUGCCGCUGAGACUUCUGCUGCCGCUCUUGUCUUCGCAAAACGACAACAACUUGUUUCACGCUGGCGCCAAUACGGCGACGCCGGCCAAACCACACCCAUUGGCUCAAGGCGCCCUGAGUCCAUUGGACGAAAGCACCCACAAUUCCUCGGCCGCAGGGCUGCACGACAUCGAGGAAUUGAACAUCGCCUUUGACGACGAGCCCAGUAAUUUACAAAAGGACCAUGACGAACUGGCUAACGUGAGGCCUGGGUUGGUGCACCGCGCUCUGGCGCCCGAGUGCCAGUGGCUCACGGUGGAGAUGGCCGGGCGGCUGUUUGUCGUGGUGGACACUCCGAGGACGCUCCAGCGGCUGCUUCUGGCGCUGUCUCUAGUGCACAAGGCGCUGCGCCGGCCCCAGAACCGCAGGACGCCUCCGAACGUGGGGAAUCCUUUUUACAAGAGCAAGUCGCCUCGCCGCCGCCGUGGUCUUUUUGACGACGCCUUUGAGCGCUACAAAAUGGAGUGCUAA